AUGUCUCACUCGCGCGGCGACCGCGUGUACGUCGAAGACGUCACCGAUGACUUCGCCUCGCUCACGCGCGCGCGCGCGUCGAACGCGACGCGCGUGCGGGGCGUCCCGGCGUCGAACAGCGCGUCGGUGUCCAACGGCAGCUCGAGUUACGUCCCACUGCAUCGCUCGACCACGCUCGAUAGAAGCGCGUCGCGGGCGCAUCAAAAGACGUACGACGCGGUGGGAAGCGCGAGUAGAGGGUUCACGUACGUCGCGAGCGCGGAGAGCGACACGACGAGCGGGGAGAUGACUUUUAUGGAAGAGUUGGCGACGCGGAGACGAGCGAGCGGCGCGGCUGGCGCGAGCGUGAGCGCGGAGAAGAAGGAUUCGUUGAGGAUUCGCGAGGCAGAAGCGCAUGUGGCAGAACGCAAUGACGGUGGUGGGCGGGAUUUCGCGGCGAGUUUUCGCUCGAUCGAGCGGUUGGCGACGAUGCGGGACGUUGGACAGGCGGUGCACGACGGCGCGAUUCCAAAGGUAUCUCCGGUUAAGUCGGUCGCGUCGCCGGAGGAGUCACCGGCGAAAAGUUCGGAGGGGUCCUUUGCGUUUCGAAACGCCGGAGGUUUCUUCGGGCAAGGUUCGAAGUCGCCACCGGAGGUGGCGUCGUUGCCGCCAAGGACGCCUUCGCGAGCGGACAAGAGCGAGCGAGAGGAGUUUGUGUCGCCGACCUCGAGCGCGACGCCGACGCCCGUGAAGGCACCGUGGACGCCCUCGCCAAUGAGAACGCCGCUCGGUACGAGGAUCCCCCCGAAUUCACCCGCGAGCGCGAGGACAAGGAGAAAUCUCGAGGCGCAGAUGCGUCGCGCCGCUGCUUGGGCCGCGGGCGAGGACACGCUCGCACAGCGCGGCGAUCGCGACAAGGGCGUCAGUAAGCUCUUCGAAGCCAAGCAUGGUUUAGGCGCAAAGCUUUUUCGACUGCUCGUUGCCGGUGGGCACGUGAAGGCAUUUCUGAAGACCUUGGAUAGCGCUCGAAUUGAAAAAGCGCACGGCGGUGGCGCAAAGCUCGCAAUCGUCGCUCUCGCCACAAACUGUGGUAUUCAAGCCGCGCACAACAUGAUCUUGGCAAUAUCGUCAAAGAUUGGACAAAGAUUGCUCCGACGCAUAUCAGUACCGCAGGCUAUGGCUCGCCGCGCAGCGCCGCUGCUGCUGCCUGCAACGCUCGCGUCCAUGGGCCGAUCGAAUGCAGUGGGCGCUCGGGGCGCAAUCUCUGAGGCUGCCGCCAUCGUCGUUCCGCCGCUAAGCUUAAUCUCCUUCAUUGGUGCGAUGUGGCCUAUUCCGGGCGGUCAACUUGCUGGAGAAGUUCGUGAGCAUCGUGGGAUGCUCUACCACGAAGUCUUCCUCGACGCCUUGCCUUGGGUGAAUGGCUUCUUCCGUCGCUUGCAACCGGUGACAAACGCGCUCGCCAUCAUGGCCUCAUACGAGCUCGUGAGCACCGGUGAGGUCUACGCCGAGAACGGUGGUUUUGCCCUAGCUUUGGCGAGCAUCCUGAGCUUCGCCGCGACGCCACCAUCGAACAAGGUGACGGUGAACUUUAGGGAGGUGAAGGCGACGACGAACAUGGUGUUUUUGCUGAGCAUGUCGUACGCAGAGUGUGCAUGGCGCGAGACUACCGUCUGGCGCCAGUACCUGAACAAGCGUCAAGGCGGCCUCGAGGGCGUACACGGCGUCGAUCGCGAGCGCGGUGGUGCUCUGGCUGGAAUUGGUGGCUUCACCAGAGCCGCUUCGCGCUUGCCACUGUUGCGAGGCGUGUCUAAAGGUAAACGAGACGAUACGCGUGGUCGUCGCCGCGACGGUCGUCGCCGCAUUCCUGACAAACGCUCUACUAGGAAGCACCGAAGUGUCGAGAGUGAGGCUUCGGACGGUCUUGUCGAGCGCGCUCUUGAGCGUCUCCCGGUGCUCGGACCCGUCCUCAUCAUCCUGAGCGGCUUUGUCUUCUAG